AAAUAAAAACAUCUCUAUAUCCAAAUAAUCCAAUCAUGCAAGUAUACAACCUUUGUCACUUACCUAUCUCCAAUAAAAAAAAUGGCGGAAAAUGUUGACGAACACCCUCAACGAAAACCCCUCCUUGUAAUCCACCGCAUACCUUCCUUCUCUUCCUUAUUCCACCACCGCCUCGCCCCCACUUUCUCCCUCAUCGACCCCAUCACCUCCGCAGGCGCCGACCGCUCCGCCGCCCUUGCCUUUCUCCGAUUACACGGAGGUUCCGCACGUGCUCUCCUAUGCGUGGGACCCUCUCCCUUGAAAAAGGACACCUUAGAUUGCCUGCCCUCAUUGGAGUGUAUCGUCACUUCCUGCGUCGGCGUUGAUCACAUCGAUCUAUCUGAGUGCCACCGCCGAGGAAUCUCCGUCGCCAAUGUCGGGGACGCCUUUUCCGAUGAUGUUGCCGAUUGCGCGGUCGGAUUGCUGCUUGAUGUGCUCCGUAAAGUCUCCGCUGCGGACCGCUUUGUUCGGGCCAAGUCCUGGCCCGAACAACCAGUUUUCCCGCUCGGGUCUAGAAUAGGUGGAAAGCGAGUAGGCAUAGUCGGCCUUGGAAGCAUUGGUUCUCUUAUUGCAAAGAGACUUACCUCAUUUGGUUGCAUCAUAGCAUACAACUCAAGGCAGAAGAAACCCUCUGUUUCUUUCCCUUACUAUGACAAUAUCCAUGACUUAGCACUUAACAGUGACAUACUCAUCCUCUGUUGCUCGUUAAACGACCAAACGCACCACAUGAUCAACAAGGAUGUGUUGACCGCGUUAGGGAAGAAAGGAGUAGUCAUUAACGUUGGUAGAGGAUCAUUAAUCGAUGAGAAAGAACUGGUGCGGUUUCUGGUGGAAGGCAAAAUCGGAGGAGCUGGUCUCGACGUGUUUGAGAACGAGCCUAAUGUUCCUAAAGAACUGUUUGGUUUAGAGAAUGUUGUCCUCUCCCCUCACCAAGCUGUCAUCACUCCGGAUUCCUUCAAAGCUGCAGAAGACAUUUCGGUUGCAAACUUGGAAGCCUUCUUUUCAAACAUGCCCUUAGUUUCUCCUGUAAUAUGGGAGUAGUGUAGGGUUAUCAUGUUUGUGUACAUUUUGUCAUUUGAUUGUACAUUUUGCAAUUGUAGGGGUAAGGUUGCGUACGUCUGACCCCCCCUUACCUCGCUUCUUGCAGGAGCCUCUUUGAGGCAAUUGGGUAAUGAUAAUGAUAAUGAUAUUGUUCUAUCAAAUUGUAUUGCUACAGGUAUUAACAGUUAGUUAUCUCCCAUCUUGUACAUUGAUUCUUGAUCCUGGAUCCAUAGUUACAUUACUUAGACAUACUAUUUUAUGAUGUUCCGAAAAUAUUGUAACCUUCUCAAAUAUUGUAUAUGGUUCAUGAUUAAAUUUCUUGA